CCGUCUCCCUCCCUCUGUCCCUCCGUCCCGCUCUGUCCAUGCGCGCUCCCGUGUGUGUGGCGCUGCUGGUUUGGCUGCUGAACGAUGCGGCGGCUCGUCAGUUCACUGAGGAGGAGAUGGCUGGUAUCAGACAGCGCAUCCAGUCCAUGUUCUACCACGCCUACAACAGUUACCUCGACAACGCCUUCCCCUAUGACGAGCUCCGCCCACUCACCUGUGAUGGACAAGACACCUGGGGCAGUUUCUCACUCACUCUGAUUGACGCUCUCGACACUCUGCUGGUUUUGGGAAACCGCACAGAAUUCCAGCGUGUGGCGUCGCUCCUCCAAGACACCGUGGACUUCGACAUCGACGUCAACGCGUCAGUCUUUGAAACCAACAUCAGAGUGGUUGGUGGUCUGCUGUCGGCCCACCUGUUGGCAGGGAGAGCAGGGAUGGAGCUGGAGCCCGGCUGGCCCUGUUCAGGACCCCUGCUGAGGAUGGCCGAGGACGCCGCCAGGAAACUGCUGCCAGCGUUUCAGACUCCCACCGGCAUGCCGUACGGUACUGUGAACCUGCUGCACGGCGUCAGUCCCACUGAGACGUCCGUCACCUGCACCGCUGGCGUGGGAACCUUCAUCCUGGAGUUUGCCACGCUGAGCCGACUAACCGGAGAUGCAACGUUUGAGAACACAGCCCGCCGAGCUCUGAGGGCCCUGUGGAAAACCAGAUCUGACAUUGGACUGGUGGGGAACCACAUUGACAUUGUGUCCAAGAAAUGGGUGGCUCAGGACGCCGGCAUCGGAGCAGGGGUGGACUCCUACUUUGAGUAUCUGGUGAAAGGAGCCAUCAUGCUGCAGGAUGAGGAGCUGCUCAGCAUGUUCCUGGAGUACGAUCGAGCCAUUCAGAACUACACUCGGUUUGACGACUGGUACCUGUGGGUGCAGAUGCAUAAAGGAACCGUCUCCAUGCCUGUGUUCCAGUCUCUGGAGGCCUUCUGGCCCGGCCUGCAGUCUUUGUUGGGGAACCUGGACAGCGCCAUAAGAACCUUCCAGAACUAUUACUCAGUAUGGAGGCAAUUUGGAGGUCUGCCUGAGUUUUACAGCAUCCCUCAGGGCUACACUGUGGACAAGAGAGAGGGAUACCCACUGAGACCAGAGUUAAUAGAAAGUGCCAUGUACCUGUUCAGAGCGACAGGUGACCACACCUACCUGCAGCUGGGCCUUGACGCUCUAGAGUCCAUAGAGAAAAUCGCCAAGACUCCCUGUGGAUAUGCUAGUGUUAAAGACCUGCGAGAUCACCAGCUGGACAACAGGAUGGAGUCUUUCUUCCUCGCUGAAACCAUCAAGUACCUUUACCUGCUCUUCGACCCCACCCACUUCCUGCACGGCGGGGGGGCGGAGGGGGGCGGGUCCUGGGAGGAGGGCGGUGAGGAGGGGCAGUGUGUUUUAGGUGCAGGGGGGUUCAUCUUCAACACGGAGGCUCACCCUCUCGACCCUGCAGCGCUCUACUGCUGCAGUCGCCACGCUCAGGACCGACGGGAGCUCCGGGACAUCCUGCUCAGCCUAUCGCAGCCCGCCGAAAAGUCAGACCGCCAAUCAGAUCCGCCCGCCAGAGAGCCAGAAAGCCCUCCCCCUCGUCAAUCAGAAAGCAUCGCUCUGAAGCCGGGUGAGAAGAAGACGCCCCCGGUGCUGUCCUGUCCCGUUCAGCCGUUCAGCGCUCGGCUCUCCAUCCUGGGACAGGUUUUCAGCGAUAACACCUGACGCUCACCGUCCUGGUUCACGUGUUAGAUUCUGACAUGACACCUGGGCUCGUUUCAGUUGCGGAUCUGAUCAGCAGCUUUUUGAGGACAGAAGUUAAACACGUGUCAGCUUUCAAAGAACCAACAGGAAAAUGUCCGUGUCAGGCACCAGGACAUUUGGACAUCAAAGCUGCAGAUCUGAGAUUCAGAUUUCCAAACCUGUUCACGUCCAGGGAGAAAAAUCAUUCCUAAAGACCAGUGAGCCGAGAGCUAAUAAACUCUGUUGACCGUGUUGCUCUAAUUUAAAUUUAAGGUGAAAUAUAUUAUUAUUUAUUAAAAAUGUGGCGGUUGUGUGUUGUUUAUUUCCCGGAUGCAACUGUUGUCUUCAAAGUGAAGACUGAAGAAAAACGGCGUUUGUGAAAAUAAGGUUUGAAGCAGUGAACAUCAGUAGGACUGGCUUUAUGUUUGCAGGUCACCAAUGAAUGUCCAUGAUCAUUCUUUUUUUUUACAAUACAGGACCAUGAUU